UCGAAAUCGGACAUGUUGCGGUGAAAUGCUGAAGGAAGAAGUCAGAUCGCGAUGAUGAUGUUGUUGUUGUUGUUGUAUAGGUUUAUGGAACCCCUUACAUCAAAGAUACCUAUGAUGGUGAUUGAAGGCAAUCAUGAAAUUGAGACACAAAUUGGUGGAAUGAAUUUCAGUUCUUAUCAGGCACGAUUUGCCGUUCCAGCACAAGAAAGUCGCUCCAAUAGCAGCUUCUACUACUCAUUCAAUGCUGGUGGGGUGCAUUUCAUCAUGCUAGGUGCUUAUGUUAACUACAAUCAGACAGGCGCUCAGUAUGCAUGGCUAAAGGAAGAUUUGAUUAAAGUUGACCGAGUUGAAACUCCCUGGGUCGUGGCUUCUUGGCAUCCUCCUUGGUAUAACAGCUAUUCAUCUCAUUACCAAGAAUUCGAAUGCAUGAGGCAGGAAAUGGAAGGGCUUCUGUAUCAUUAUCGUGUUGAUAUUGUAUUCUCUGGUCACGUUCAUGCUUAUGAACGAAUGAACAGAGUUUACAACUAUACAUUGGAUUCAUGUGGUCCAGUUUAUAUUACUGUAGGAGAUGGAGGAAAUAUUGAGCAAAUUGACGUUGAUCAUGCAGAUGAUUCUGGAAAAUGCCCAUCUCAGGAUGAUAACAUUCCUGAAAUUGGGGGUGUCUGCCAUAUCAACUUUUCUUCUGGCCCAGCGAAGGGCAAAUUCUGCUGGGAUCAGCAGCCAGAAUGGAGCGCGUUCAGAGAAAGCAGCUUUGGUCAUGGAAUUCUUGAGGUGAUCAACUCGACAUAUGCUUUAUGGACAUGGCAUCGAAAUCAGGAUGCUUAUAAAGAAAGCAGUAGAGGCGAUCAGAUUUACAUUGUCAGGCAGCCUGAAUUGUGCAUGCCAAACCUUGAGAAGACUUAUUCAAACAAUGAGUCUUCUAACAGCAAUUCAUUAUUCAAGGCAUCACUUGCUGGAUUAAUGGUCAAUUUCAUGCUUCCUCAAUUAUUUUAGAAGAAUGAUUAUAUAAGCUACAGGGCUGCAAUUACAUUGGCUAUAAGGAAAGGUGUAAAGGCGAGAUUUUGAGCAAGAAGCAAUGAAGAUCCCUCUCGUUCCUCACAUAUUCUAUUGAUGGCUAGCAUUUGGGAGGAUUUACAGCUCCAAUAAGGCAAUAUUUGUGUGAGGUAAUAUAUAUGUUGUGAGAUUUUUUUUAUUUUCCUAUUAUUUUCCUUCUUUGUGCA